CGCUCCCCAACCUCGCAGAUCGAUCUCCAUUCCGCACCGCCUUGGGUGGGAGGUUCUUGGAUCCGGACUAACAAACGCCGGCCGUGUUUGGGAGGGCCUCGUUCCUAGCCUAUCUCGUCGAGAGGAUGGCGGCGGCGAGCAUGGUUGGCAUGCCCAAGAGCCCCCGGUCGGUGGCCUUCGGGACGGCUGCCUCGCCCUUCGGGGACAGGAGGAAGGCCCGGUUCUGCGUCGCGGCGUGCGGCAGGGACGACCAGCAGCCGCCCCCGUCGAUGGCCGCGGUGCCAGCGUCGCUGCGGGCGAUCCAGGCCAAGAGGAAGAUGGCGGCGCAGGCGCGUGGGGUGCCGCGGGCGACGAGCGCGGCAGGGUGCGCGGUGGCCGCGCUCGCCGCCGCGGUGGAGGCCGUGCAGGGCGCGGCGGUCGGGGGAGCCUCUGGCGCGGCGCGCGGCGCCGGGGAUGCCGUGGCGUGGGUCUUCCAGAAGGUGCACUUCGAGUCGCCCGACCUCGCCGUGGGACUGCUCGGUAUCGUCGCGUCCUGCCUCGGCACGGCUGUGGAGAUGGAGAUGGAGCGGAUGAGGGCCAAGGAGAUCGAGGAGUCGGACAGCAAGGCCAAACCCGCCGCCGCCGUCGAUGACGACGACGACAACAGCGAAGACGCGGAGGAGGCAGACGAUCUGACGAUGCUGGUGGGGAUGGAAAUGGAGAAGGAGCUCUGGGCCAGGAUCGGCAUCCAUCAUGACGACGACGAAGACAUGCCGCUGGGCGUCAACGACGACGAGCAGGAGGCCAUCGACACCGCCCGCGCCGGCAUACGGAAGGCCACGUACGAGCGGAUCAUCGCCACCUCCGAGGCCAACUCGCUCAUCCUCUCCAACUACGCUCAGCUCCUCUACGAGUUCGACAAGGAUCUCGACAGGGCGGAGGACUACUUCAAGCGUGCGGUGGCCAUCGAGCCGCCCGACGGCGAGGCGAUGCGGAGGUACGCGGUCUUCCUCUGGCAAGCCCGCGGCGACCUGGCCGGCGCGGAGGACAUGUUCACCAGCGCCAUCGACGAGGAGCCGGACAGCAGCCACCACCGGAGCAGCUACGCGUGGUUCCUCUGGAUGACCGGCGGUGUGGAGACCUGCGUCAUUGACUCCGGCAACAACGACGACACCGAAUGAAGCCGAUCGCCGGAACAAGGGCCACCCGCGCAAUCUCGAGCUAAAGACAAUUAAAGACCGACCUCGCCGGCAGGUGCCUGGCCGGCGAGGCUGCCGGCCAUUUUAGAUGGUGCAUCUAGGUAUAUAUUGCGCACUGUCGGUGAGUAGCAUCGGCCCUUGUAGGGGCCAUGUUAUACUAGGGUGCGCGUGCGAGCAUGGCAUGCAGGAGCCAAACCCAAGGGAAGGCGAAUAAUGUUGAUGUUGUCAAGCAAGCGCACAUAUAAAGUACAGUAGGGCCUCAUCAAAUCAUGUGUGGAUUUGGAAUAAAGCACGCAUGCAUCGUCAGUGAUGGCAUGCUGUUGCUGAAUUGUGAACAAUAUCUAUAUGUAAACAAAAAUAUGAAGUGCAUAAGGUUCUUCCUUUGCUGUAA